UCCCCACACGAGCCUGCAGCUGGUGAUGUGCUUCCUCCGUUACCACCGGGCCACGAGCCCCAAGAAUGCCCUGAGUACCAGUUUGUCAAUGGGGUACUCAAACGUCGACAGCGUCAGUACAAAGUCAUCUCCGUUCUAAAGCGCCGGGUUGGAGAGUGUCGCGUCACGAAGUACUACUGUGCUGCCUGCAGCAAGUCAGAUAAAGCUCGCAUGUAUCUAUGUAACAAAAUUUGGCCACAACGCUAUCCUGGAAACGCCAUGAGCUGUUACCAGAUCUGGCACCACAAGUGA